AUGCCGCGUUCAUCCACGCUCGCGGCCGCCCUCGCCCUCGCUGCCCUCGUCAGACCUGCGCUCUCCGGAAACACGACAUGCGCCGGGAACGCGCUCGACUGGUACACCAGUGCCGUCGGGGAGACCCCAUGUACGUGCACGACGUACCAGCGGCUGCGCCAGAUCUGCAACAGCGAAUACGAGGUCCCGUCCUUCCGGCCCAACACGCCCGGAGACAACUGCGACGACCAAUUGAGCUCGUGCUGCUGCAACUCCAUCUCGUUUGCGCUUAGCAUGCUCUGCAUGAACUGCCAGUGGGACGUGAACGGCGGCAGCGUAAACGGGAUCGACGCCGGGAACGGGGCGUACUACAUGUACCGCUUCAGCGACUACAACGGGCAGUACUGCGGGGACGGGACGAACCAGUCGCUGCCGACAACCAUACAGACGGCGGUGUGCAACCAGGGCAUCAAGCUCGACGACUUUAUGUACAACCUGUUCUGGAAUACGGGUGCAUGCACAUACACGCGCGAGGCCGCGCAGCAGGACCAGGCGACGGACAACAACGACACG